UUUUAUUAUUACAAUUAUACACGUCAAGAAUUCCAUAAUGAAUUCAUCUAUUUCAAUUUGGAAUAUUAACAAACAUGAUACUACUAAUAAAUUUCAUUUAAGUAGUUUAAUGGACGAAUAAAAAAACAUUUUCUUGUUUAGAAAAAAAACAAAGUAUUAAAAUGUUACAUAUUGGAAGUAAAUCAUUUGAAAAUUCUCAAGAGAAUUCACUAGAAAAAUAUCAUUUAUUAACAUCAUUAUCAUUACCAAAUUUAAAUAUAAAAUAUUUUUUAUACAAAUCAGAGUAUUCUACUGAAAUGAAUUCAGUAAAUCAUAUUAAAAUUAAAACAUAUAAUGAAAUAUUCAGAAACACAUUUCAAUGUUCAAUUAAAAGAAAAAAUCAAUAUUUAUCAAAAUCAUAUACAUCAUUAUUAUCUAAUAAAUUUGAUGAUAAUAAUAAUAGUACUACUAAUAAUGAUAAUAAUAAUAGUAGUAUAGAAAAUAUUUCCUUAUCAUAUAAACAUAAAAAAUUUAGUCAAAGUGAUUGUUUAUUAUUAUUUACACCGUAUAAUUUUAAAUCAGAAUGUGUAAUUAGUUUAUCUGAGGAAAAAAGUCAAUUAUCAUUUAAUGAAAAUGAAUUAAUAAAUCAAAAUAAUUAUAUGAAUGAACCUACAGAUCAAUCUCCUUUGUACAAUGAGUUUUCAAAGAAGUCUAACACAACAGAAGUCACAAAGAAUGAUUCACAAUUAUUAAAUACAAUUCAUCAAACAAAUUCUAAUUUAAAAUAUAAUACAAUAAAAUCGUUUCAUCGUUAUUAUAGUUUUAAAAAUAAAAAAACAAAAAUUUCUAAUGUUUAUGAACAUUUACAAUCAACACAUUUAAUUCCACAUAGUUUCCAUCAUUAUUUUCAUGAACAAAUUAAAAAAUCUGAUCCAUAUAGAACACAACGUAAAAUUGAUUUGGAUCAAUGUAAUACAAACAAUAUCAUUACAACUAUUAAUAAUAAUAAUAAUAAUGCAAAUCAAUCGGUUAAAAAACAUUUCUUACGACAUUUUUCAUUUAUGUAUCAUGAUAGAAAAUCAUCAUCAUCAACAACUAUAUCAUGCUCAAAUCAUUCACAUUUGAAUAUGUUAGAAAGAAAAUUAAGUAAACUAGCUAUUGGUGUACGAGAUAAGAUAACAACACUCUGUCGUUCGGCUAGCUCAGCUGUACCUCAGUCAUUUGCUACUAACAUCGUCGUUUCAAACCAUAGAGUAUUUCUGGAAAAAUUAUUUCGUUCAGGUGGACCAACUAGAGAAGAUGUAGAAGAUUGGGCGCGUUCAUUUGAAGCUGUGUUAAGGGACAAAUAUGGUGUCCUGGUGUUUAGGGAAUUUUUACGCACAGAAUUCAGUGAUGAAAAUAUACGUUUUUGGCUUAUAUGUGAAGAUUAUCGUAAUAAAUCUGGUACAAAAAAUAUGCAACGUGAAGCAUUCAAAAUUUUCAAUGAAUUUGUAGCUGUUCAAGCUGCAAGAGAAGUAAAUUUAGACUCUAAUACGAGGCUGCAAACUGAAAAAGAACUUGAAUCAGCCAACAGAAACACAUUUGAUCAAUGUCAACGUAGAAUUCAAUCUUUGAUGGAAAAGGAUUCUUAUCGCAGAUUUUUACGAUCAGAUUUAUAUUUGACAGCAAUGGAAUUAGCAAGUUAA